AGGAGAAGACCCGAACCAAAACAAAAAUGGAAAGGCACGUACAAAUCUUCCUCAACAGACUCUCCUACGCCUCCAUAGCCAUAGCCACAUUGACCCUCCUCUUCGUCUUCCUCCAAACCCCCGAUACCUGCGUCAUCUCCUCCUCCUCGAACCUCCGUUUCCCCAAAUCCUCCUGCGACUCCUCUCCACGCGCCGCCACGACCCUCCACAAGAAGAACACGCGCCUCUGGUCCUCCCGUUCCUGGCAAUCCAAGGUCUCCUCCUACGCCGCCUUCUUCCGAGAUCUGGGCCUCCUCCACAACCACUCAAAGGUUCUCUGCGUCUCCGCCGGCGCCGGCCACGAGGCCAUGGCCCUGGCCCAGAUGGGCGUCGCCGACGUCACCGCAGUCGAGGUGGUAGAAUCUCCGCCGCUGGUGGACCGGGCCGACCCGCACAACCUGCCGUUUUUCGACGAGGUCUUUGAUUUGGCAUUUAGCGCCCACCUGGCCGAGGCGUUGUUCCCGUCUAGGUUUAUGUCGGAGAUGGAGAGGACGGUUCGGGACAGCGGCGCGUGCGUGGUUGCUGUGGAGGAGUGUGGGGAUAUGGAGGUUGGGGAGAUUGUGAGCUUGUUUGGGAAGUCGAGAUUUGUCGGUGCGGUGAAUGUGACUUUGAGUGGUUUGAGAAUGACGAGGAUUGUUAUGAGGAGGACCAAGAGAAUUUCUUCCUGAAUUUGGUGUAUCAGGAGCCUGAACAACCUCAAAAGCCCGUGAGAUCCCAUGUAUGGUGAAAUUCUUUGAAGAAAA